GUCUUUCAUCUUCCAUCCACUCUCCUUAUCUCUCCAUAUCAAAACACCAUGGCAGAACCCGACCCCCAGUUUGUCGCCGACACGCUGCGCGCCCGUGCCGAGAUGGCACUCGCCAAGGCGCGGCGCCACGAGGCGGUCCAGCGUCUCCUGAACCAUCCCAGCUUUGCGCCUGCCAAGGAGUUCCUCACCGACCCAAUGGUCUGCGCGGCGUUGAUCGGCGCCUUCAUUGCGCUCCUCUUCUUUGCAUUCUUCCCUGCAAGCAAGAAGAACCGCCGCGCAGGCGUGCCCAAGGCCCUUCUCGUCGGUCCGACGGAUGCGGGCAAGACAGCCAUCUUCACCAAGCUCGCGCAGGACGAGGCGCCUGCUACCCACACGUCCACGAUCCCUUCGACCGCGAGCGUCGCGCUCCACGCCGGCGGACGCGUCAAGACAGUCCGACUUGUUGACAUGGCUGGACAUGCGCGGCUGCGCGACGAGGUGUCUGCCGCUGUGGCCGAUGCGGACGCAGUCGUGUUUGUCGUGGAUGUGACUGGUGUUGUGCGCAACGCUGCGUCGAUUGCCGAACAACUUCCGCCCCUCAUUACUGCAAUGGCUGGCACCGCUUCUCGCCGCGGCUUCAACGCCACGCCUCUCCGCCUCCUAAUCCUGGCUCACAAGGCCGACCAGCUGUCGCGCGAGCCCUCAACCCUCUCGCCACCCGAUCUCGCUCCCCAGACCAGGCAGACGGCCGAGGAGCGCGUGCGCUCAGUCCUGACCCGCGAGAUGGACCGGCUCAAGUCGGCGCGAUCGGCGUCCGGCGGCCGCAUCGAGGGAAUGGGACGCGUGGCCACGCAGCGUAGCUGGUUUGCGCGCAUGUUUGGCUCGGCGGAGCCGGUGGCCGAGAACACCGAGGACGAGGAGGCUCUCGUCUGGGGUGGGCCGGGUGCGUGGAACUGGGACGACGUCGAGGGCGUCGAUGUCGAGUGGGGUGUGACCGGUCUCGGUGGGGCCAAGCCUCUCACGGAGGAGUGCGAGGAGGGCGAUGGGCUGCAGGACCUCACUGACUUCUUCUGGGAUCUGUAGGUGAUGCGGCAGUUGUUUGCGGCGGCGUAAGACCUGGUGGCCGACCAGACUCGGCAGGUGGCCGCGCGUGUUCCCUUCCUAUCGUCCCAAGUCCCAGGUCCAGCUUCGCGGACGGAAAGUACAAUAGAAGAGAGCGGCGGCCGUUCGAAGAUCUAGUCGCUGAUUGUACGGACAUCGAUCGAAGAUCUAGUCGCUGAUUGUACGGACAUCGAUGUUAUUCACGGCUGCAUCCCGGCCUCCUAGUGUCCGCACUACCUCAGGCCUCGCGCUCCCGCUACUUUGCGAGUAGAACGCAGCCUUGAGUGUUCAGACAUAGUAGUCACAAUCACACUGUGAC